UUGUCAUUUUUCCUUUACCCACACCAGCAGUAGUUACAACUGAUUGUCUUAGAUUCAAUCUUAAGCCAAAACCAGCUCCACUAUCCCCUUUACUGUCGGCACCCCCUUCCCCCACCCCCACCCCUUAUCAAGAUUCAGACCAAACAAGAAAUCCAAGUUGUAGUCAAUGCUACACUGAAUUUCGCAAGACUCGAUUUUUUAUACGCCUCCCUCACCAUUACCAUUUCCCUUCCGCUAGUGUGUGUUGUGUGUUCGCUUUUGGUUUCUUGGUGGGGGGUUUCAACUUUCAGCUAUUUUACAGUCGAAUUGACUGAACCCCAGAAAAAAUGCUAGUCCAAGAUCGCAUUUUGCCCACUUCUGAUUCGCCAAAACUCCACAAUCAACGCAAACCCUUCUUCAUUGCGUCGAAGAAUCUCGAUUUGUCGACGUGGGUCUCGGAGAAUCUGUACAAGAUCGUCACCAUUCUCCUCCUGAUCACUACCGUCGCCGCCCUUUUCUUCCUCCGCAACUACUCCACCGCCGGGGGCGAUGCGGCGGCUCUGCUCUGCCUUCAGUCCACGCAGUCUCGUACCAUCCACCCCAAGUUUCCGAAUAUUAAUUGGAACUCUAUCGACCGCAUUGUUGACAAGUCGACGCCGUUUGCUAACUUUCGAUCGGAGAAAUGGAUCGUUGUCUCUGUUGCGGAUUACCCUUCUGAUUCUUUGAGGAGAAUGGCUAAGAUUAAAGGGUGGCAAGUUCUUGCGAUCGGAAAUUCUAGGACUCCCAAAGAUUGGAAAUUGAAAGGUGCGAUUUAUUUAUCAUUGGAAACGCAAGCUCAAUUGGGAUUCAGAGUGGUUGAUUACUUGCCUUAUGAUUCGUACGUUCGUAAAACUGUGGGGUACUUAUUUGCCAUUCAACACGGUGCUCAAAAGAUCUAUGAUGUUGAUGAUAGAGGCAACGUGAUAGAUGAUGAUAUAGGAAAGCAUUUUGAUGUCGAGUUGGUUGGCGAGGGCGCUAGGCAAGAGGUUAUUCUGCAAUAUAGUCAUGAGAAUCCCAAUAGGACAGUUGUGAACCCUUAUAUACAUUUUGGGCAACGGUCUGUUUGGCCAAGGGGAUUGCCGCUGGAAAAUGUGGGCGAUAUUGGACACGAGGAGUUCUACACCGAGGUGUUCGGUGGGAAACAGUUUAUACAACAGGGUAUUUCCAAUGGGCUACCGGAUGUGGAUUCUGUAUUUUACUUCACUAGGAAGGCUUCGUUGGAGGCGUUUGACAUUAGGUUUGAUGAUCGUGCUCCUAAAGUGGCGUUCCCUCAGGGUACAAUGGUGCCCAUCAAUUCAUUCAACACGAUAUUCCAUUCGUCUGCAUUUUGGGGUUUGAUGCUUCCGGUGUCGGUUAGCACGAUGGCCUCUGAUGUCUUGAGGGGGUAUUGGGCACAGAGGCUUUUGUGGGAGCUCGGUGGAUACGUUGUGGUGUAUCCUCCCACCGUUCAUCGGUAUGACAGAGUUGAAGCGUACCCUUUUUCAGAAGAGAAAGAUCUUCAUGUGAACGUGGGCCGUCUGAUCAAUUUCUUGGUGGCGUGGAGAUCUAGUAAGCAUAGGUUGUUUGAGAAAAUCUUGGAGUUGAGUUAUGUUAUGGCUGAGGAAGGAUUCUGGACAGAGAAGGACGUGCAUUUCACCGCUGCUUGGCUUCAAGAUCUUCUUGCUGUCGGUUACCAGCAGCCUCGUCUGAUGUCACUCGAACUAGACCGGCCGAGGGCAACUAUUGGUCAUGGCGACCGGAAGGAGUUUGUUCCUCAAAAGUUACCAUCCGUGCAUCUUGGAGUUGAGGAGAUCGGGACAGUGAAUUAUGAAAUCAGUAACUUGAUUCAUUGGAGGAAGCAUUUUGGGAAUGUGGUGCUCCUAAUGUUCUGCAGCGGACCUGUCGAGCGUACUGCAUUGGAGUGGAGGUUACUAUAUGGCAGGAUAUUCAAAACAGUUAUUAUAUUAUCUAGGGAAAAAAAUACAGAUCUUGCUGUGGAAGAAGGCCAAUUGGACUAUGUUUACAAGUAUUUUCCAAAAGUUUUCGACAGAUACUCGAGCGCAGACGGCUUUUUAUUUCUGCACGACGAUACUAUUCUUAAUUACUGGAACUUGCUCCAAGCUGACAAGUCUAAGCUCUGGAUCACAAACAAGGUGUCCAAGUCGUGGACGAGUGUCUCAGUUUCUGGCAGCUCGGAUUGGUUUGUGAAGCAAGCCGAUAUGGUGAAGAAAGUGGUGGCAGCGAUGCCUGCUCAUCUUCAAGUCAAUUAUAAAGACAGUGUAAAAGAUCAGCAAAACCUCAUGAUCUGCAAUUCAGAAGUAUUCUAUGUCCCUCGACGUUUUGUUGCUGACUUCACCGAUCUAGUCAAUCUGGUGGACGAUCUGGACGUCCAUCACAAAGUCGCCAUACCAAUGUUCUUUCUAGCAAUGGAUUCGCCUGAAAACUUCGAUUCAGUGCUCAACUCGAUGAAGUAUAAGCAGAAGCUACAGAGCAACUCUACGUCAUUCUACUCUCCCGAAGCCCCUGCCAUUCAUCCAUGGAGCGUGACGAGCGAACAGGACUUCAUCAAGCUGAUCAGAAUCAUGGCAGCUGGCGAUCCUCUGUUGAUGGAGCUCGUUUGAUGUCGCAAAUAAGGUUAGACUUUUGCCCUAAGGCCUCAAAGUGGGGAAACUGCAAUCAUGUAUACACUUUCUUAGACCAAAAAUUCAUACUACAAGUUUUUGUUUGUACUAAUAUUCUUUCAGGAGGAAGGAACCUUCCUUUGUAGAUUUUUUCUUUUCUUUUCUUUUUGGAAACAUUGUUUAAUUGUAGAUCUUGCAUAGAAACAGUUAGUUUUGCUUCUGCUUUUGAAAGAUGGGAUGUUUUCUUGGACAAUGUAAUGUGUAAAUUCUCUUUUAUGUUCAUUCUUACGACA